AUGCCGAAGAAAUCGACGAAAUCCAAGUCCAAGCGCACAACCCUGAAGCAGAAAUACAAGCUUAUUAAAAAAGUGAAAGAACAUAAUAAGAAAAAGCGCAGGGAGGACGCUCGGAAUAAGCGUCUGGGCUGCUUCAAGUCGAGGGCACCGAGAGAUCCCGGAGUUCCGGCGGAAUGGCCUUACAAGGAAGAACUGAUGAAGGAGAUAGAUUUUGAGCUGGACAAAAAGAAAGCGCUCGACAAGGCGAAAGCCCAAGCGCGUCAUUCUCGGCAUCUUCACAGGAAAGCAAGUGUCGCUGCACAAGAGUUUCAGCUGAAGAAAGCUGCGAAUUUGAAUGUGAACGGCACUGCUGCCAAAACCGAAGACAACGGCGGACGGGCGUAUUUUAAAGAAUUUGUCAAGGUGGUUGAAGCAGCGGACGUUAUUAUCCAGGUUCUUGAUGCGCGGGAUCCUUUGGCUUAUCGCUCUCCUGAAGUUGAGCAGUUUGUUCGCCGUGUCAACCCUGAUAAACGCGUAGUUCUCAUGCUCAACAAGAUUGACUUGGUUCCUAAAGAUAACGUGCAGAAGUGGUUGAAGUACUUUCGAGAGGAAAUUCCAUGUGUCGCGUUCAAGUGUGCUACGGGCAAGAAGAGCGAUGGUGGUAAGCUUGGCUCAGGCGAACUGCACUUUGAUUAUGGAAGUGUUGCGCAUGCCUCUCUUGGGGCCGAAACGUUAUUACAACUGUUGAAAAAUUACGCCCGCAACCGGAAAAUGAAGACGUCCAUAACUGUGGGAAUAGUGGGGUUUCCUAAUGUGGGAAAAUCUUCACUGAUCAACGCUUUAAAACGCAACCGAAGUGCAGCCUCAACGGGUAAUACUCCCGGACUCACCAAAGUUUCAAAAGAAGUAAUGCUGGACAAGCAGAUAAAACUGAUCGACUCGCCCGGUGUCAUAUUUGCGUCAUGUUUGGGAGAGACUGCAGGCGCCGCGACGUUAAGAAAUUGCGUGAGAGUCGAGCAACUUGAAGACCCAGUUUCACCUGUGUGUGAAAUUCUCCGGCGCUGCCCAAAUGAACAGCUUAUGUUGAUCUACAAGAUGGGGCAUUUUGAACAUGUCGAUGACUUUCUCAUGCAGCUAGGGCGUCUGAAGGGUCUGCUCAAAAGGGGUGGUGUGCCAGAUAUGAUGGCAGCAGCUCGAGUUGUCGUGGCUGACUGGAACAGUGGCAGGAUCCCUUAUUAUACCAAUCCACCUGUCCGCAGCAUGGAAGCGGACGAAGAGCAUGUCAGUGCGGAGGUUGUCACUAAAUGGAAUGCCGAGUUUGAUGUCGAUAAACUGUUUGCAAAAGAAGACAGCACUAUGCUUGCUGGUCUGACGAUGUCUGAUAGCGACAAAACCGGCUUUCUUCCUUCCUUGUCAGCUGGCACUGCAGUCGUCGAUGAGGACCUUUAUGGCGUCUGGGCACGACAAAAAAGUGAGUUGCUCUCUAACAAUGGUCUUAAACGUGUACGUGAUAAAAUCCGUACAGUGGACAGCUUCGAUGAGGCGACAUACCACCAGGCGAGUGCAAAAAUGAGCAUGCCAGUCGCCCAGAAGCUGAUACCACAAGUCCAGUCAGUAAACCUGUACGAGGCCGAUGGACAGCUCAACCCAAACCUCACAAGAGCUUCCAAAAAAACGGCAAAGAAGCUGAAAACAAGGGUUCUGUCCGCUUCAAAAGGAGGCGUCGAGCAGGACGGCAGCGGAUCUGAUUUUGAAUGGGAGGACAGCAGGGAAUGAUUACUUGAGAUUUAAUCAACCAUUUCGAUCGUAACGUUACUAAAAUGCUGAAUUGCACGUCCUCUUCGUUUAUGAAUCCCUGAUACGAUUUCUGAAUGUGCGAAUGCGAGAAGAUUGAAAGCUGAACAUGUCGAACGAUGAAAGGACGACAUCAUGGUCAAAAGCUAUGCAGCUCGGCUAGUCCUGCUCAUGUGCAAAAAUUAUCUUCAGCAAUUUGCACCACAAAAUCCCAGGAAGGAAUCGAGGAGGGCGUGACACUAUGUUUCCUGCCGAGAUAUCGGCACCAAUAGACCUAGCUACGCGCGAAGCUCCAAUAAUCGGAUGUUCGGUGAGGGCAAGCCGGCUAAGCUGCACAGUCCAGCGGUGUUCAGCUGGCUUAUAUAAAUAAUCCUGUUUAUACCAACUGUAUUUGUUGCCUAACAUUUUUGGGCUUUCGAGAUCCGCGUACUGGACAAUCGAGCAUACAAUGUCUCAUCAUUCCAUUCUAGGAGAGGAUCUCAGCACGGUGUAGCCCUCCCGAAGGUUGCAUUGAUAAGGGCACCACUCCAUGCGUCAAGAAUUGUGCUGCAGCCACCUCCAUCGCUUCUUGUGUCUCUCGAUGCUCUUCGACAUCAUAACCAGAUUUAAUUAACUUUGGUGCUUCGCAUGCGACUAAAGCCGCGCGGCCAGAUUCACUCCUCGCCAGGUUUGCAACCGCCUCCGCACAAGCCUGUCUGACAGUGUCACAGCAUUCAACAUGCAGCUUAGAUCCACUGAUCGGCCGUAGUAGUGCACAGACAAUAUCCUUGGCAGCGGUGGUGACGUUUGACAGGUCGCAGCCUUGCAAUUUCGAGUGCGAGUAUUCAUCCAUCGGCAUCAUGCAUGUAGAAGUUUCACAUAAAUCCGGAUUAGUGAGGAGAGCGUGACAAGAAAGCUCGUCAACACAACAGUUGCGUAGCGCUGAAAAGAAGGCCAGGCGCCUUGCAGACGAUGAACUCGAAAUGGUUGGAAGCACUGCUCGCAAAAGUCCCAGGGAAUGAUCUAAAAACACGCGCCUACCAAUGGGAUGACGGGUAACGUUGGUAAGGAUGCGCGCGCAGUGAUCAGCAUUGCAUGAUGAAAUCUCUUUGAGCAUCACCUGUGCAAUUUUUGUGAUGUAGAAGCCCUCCAAAUGCUUUCCUUCCUGGCAGAAGAUACUCAGCCCUCCUUCAGUGUUGGUGAUGUUAACAAGUAGCAUGAGAUGCAGUUCAAUUUGACAACCUUCUCUUAAACAAUCCAUGGCGCGCUCAACAACUCCGUUAUGUACAGCCAGAGUAGCGACCUCUGAAGAGCCUGUUAAGUUGACCAGUGCCGUUACCGCUGGAGUUGCCUCAAUCUCUGUUCCCCCAAGCAGGUGAAGAAGAGCAGGGAUGAGCCUGCUUUUUCGUUCGAUGAGAGUGGAGAUGCCGUCAUUGGAGCCAGUAAGACCCUGGAUCACUCCGGCGGCCCUUGCGCGCAUCCCCGCGCGCUUAUCCGCAAGGAAGUCGAGGAGCUCGUCAAGUGCGUCGGGCAUGGGUGAGAGGAUCAAG